GUUGUCAUUGGAUCUCGUCCCGUGAUCGUGCAUGAUGCAGUGAUCGUUGAUCAAUCAUUUUUGUAUAAUUUGCUAACAAGUCUCCGUGAUGACUUUAUUUGUUAGCGGUUUUCAAUUUAACUUCCAUUUUAUAUCAGCAUUUUCUUAUUGAAUCCAGUGUAACGUUGUAUUCAAAAAAAAUUGUCGAUAUUAUCCAUUCCAAUAAGGACUUAGAUUUUGUUUAUAACGUAUAUUGUAACUAAAUAAAGCCAUUUUUACACAGCCGUAAAGUGUUGUGAUAAAUUGGGACCAAAAAGAAACAGGAAUCAAAUAUGACUUUAACAUUAAAUUGGGGCAUAGCUGGUGUUGGCAUGAUAAGCCAUGACUUUUUAACUGCCAUGUCUAAUUUGCCAAGUGAUCAACACAAGGUUGUUGCUAUUGCUGGCAAAGAUCUGAGCCGUGCACACAGAUUGGCAAUGCUACACAAUAUCAAUACUGCAUAUGAAGGUUACGAAAUGCUUGCAAAUGACAGUUCUAUUGACAUCGUUUUCGUCAGUGUCAUGAAUUUACAGCAUUAUGACGUAGCUAAGUUAAUGUUAGAGAAUGGUAAACAUGUACUCUGCGAAAAGCCAAUGGGCAUGACGUACAAACAGACGAAGUCUUUGGCGGAUCUGGCGCGGGAAAAGAAACUAUUUCUUCUCGAAGGGAUGUGGUCGAGGUUCUUUCCUGCUUAUGAUGCUUUGGAUAAACACAUCGCCUCCGGCGGGCUUGGGGAUGUCUAUCAUGUAAACAUACAAUUCGGGGUCGAAAUUAACGACAUUGAAAGGAAUUUAAUGAAAGACUUGGGCGGCGGAGCGGUAAUGGACUUAGGUUUAUACAUGUUGCAACUGGUGCAAUUCGUGUACAAAGAGCCGCCAACCGACAUCAUGUGCACGGGUCACUUGAGCAAGGCUGGCGUCGACGAAUCGCUCUCCUGCGCUCUUAAGUACAAGGGCGGCAGGACUGCGACGAUAUCGGCGCACACCCGCGCCACCAUGACUAACAGAGCCGAGAUCACGGGGACCAAGGGUACUAUUGCGCUUGAGUACUUCUGGUGUCCGACCACGCUGCAGAUAUCGGCCGCCAACAACACAGAGUGGACGUUGCCCAAAGGCAAAUAUAGCUACCACUUUCACAACAGCGCUGGUCUCAGCUACCAGAUACAGGAGUGCUGGGACUGCUUAGCUAAAGGUUUACUGGAAAGUCCUAAAAUGUCAUUGGACGAGAGUAUUCUAUUUUCAAAGUUAACGGACACGAUGCGGGCACAAUUAGGAGUACUAGAUGUAGGUCUAUAACACUAACGAUCAAUCUCCACUCGUAGUACCUGUAUUAUAACAAUAUUGCUAUCUCUCUCCGUCUCUGUGAAUAAAACAGAGACACCAAUAGUGUUGUAAUACAAGUAUCACAAUAUUUGAGAUUCGCGGGCACAAAAGCUUAUUUCGCCAGUACUAGUUUAUAAUUCAUCCAGUAUUUUAGAGGCUUUUUUCAGCGACACGCAACAAAGCUAACGAUUAUGUACAGAUGUAUUUACCUCAACUAACUGUGAUUUAUAUAGUGUUGUGACAUAAUAUUAUUAAGUAUAUGUUAUUCUAUAUUUAAACAGUAUUUAUUGUAUUCACAUUUUCUGAUUAAUAAACACUUACAACUAAUUGUUGUUUUAUUACAAACUAGCUAGU